UCCUCCACCGUUAUGACUCGCUCCAUCUUUUUUUAUCUGCGAAGGUAUCAGGGAGGUGGUUCCGGUGGGGCAGUGGGGAGCGACGGAUGUCUUCUUCCACUAGCCUCCCGAGCUCCGGCGUCGGAGGAGGCGGCGGGCCGUGGCCGUCGAUGACGUCGGUGACAUCGUCGGGGAAGAGGAUCCAGAAGGAGAUGCUGGAGCUCAACGCCGAUCCCCCCGCCGAUUGCUCCGCCGGGCCCAAGGGCGACAAUCUCUACCACUGGGUCUCCACCAUGAUCGGACCUCAAGGUUCUCCAUAUGAAGGUGGAAUAUUUUUUCUUGACAUCAUGUUUCCACCUGAUUAUCCAUUCAAUCCCCCCAAGGUUACAUUUAAAACUCGGAUAUACCACUGUAAUGUCAACUCUGCUGGAAAUCUAAAUCUGGACAUCUUGAAAGAUGGUUGGAGUCCUGCUCUGACAAUUUCAAAGGUGCUGCUGGCCAUUAAAUCAAUCAUCACCAAUCCUGAUCCAUACACCCGACCUUUUGUGAAGCAACUUGCCCCACCUCACCUAAGCUUUAAGUUACACAUAAAGCAUUCUAUAGCUCCUGCCCUCCUGAAAGAGCACACAAGCAGAUGCUCAGGUGGUCUUCUUGCAUCGAGGACAAUGGCGAGCCAAUGCGAACCAAUCAAGCAACGCCGAUACGACCCAAGCAUGUCCAGAAGAACUAGGAAGCCCACUUCCACAACCACCACCAAGAGCUCUCAGGAUGAAGACAAGGAGCUGCAGAAGAAGAACAACGAUGGCUUCCAUCGUGUUUCGUUGAAGGAGCUGAUGAAAGAAAGCAAUGCAGAGAAGGCUGAGAAUGGAACUGAGGCUGAGAGUGGAACCGUUCGAGAUAAUGUGGAUGGUAUGAAGCUCAUGGCAGCGGCAGCAGGAGGAGGAGGAGAGAAGAGCCUCCCCAUAGUAAGAAAGCAAGGCGAGGGCAUGGAAGGAGCCAAAAUGGCUGGAUUGGUGACCCGGUAUGCGAAGGUGUUGAACCAUUUGAUCAAGGUGAAGCGCAGCUCCAAGAAGAAAAAUGUGGUUCAGCUAUUGAUGUAGUGGAUCUCAGAUGGUGUCUUUUUUUGCAGUUUAUUGCUGGCUAUAGCCAUGAAUCACGUUUGUAUGGAUGAUGAAUGCACGAUAUCACAAAAGAGUUGAGGGCAGCUCUUUUAAGAACUAUUCCUAUUGCUUUCAUUUCACUCUUGCCAUGUAUUUAGGCUUCAAGUCAGGCUCCUGAUCAAGUGGUACAGAUCUCAUGGAAAAGGAAAGAUUGGUACCAUGUCUUCUGUGAUU